AUGAUUGGCCAAUAUGAUUAUUGGGAUCCAACCGAAAAUCCGUGCAAUGGUGCCCAAUGCAUCCAACAAAACAAUGGAUCAUACACCUUUGAUUGUUCUCCUCCUUGGCUCUACAGUUGUGAAUCUCCUCCUUGGCGCGACAAGAAUGGAUAUUCUUGCUCCGAAGAGACCCAAGUGAUUACCUUUAGGGAUGAUUCGCCCAAUCCGACCUGGCGCUAUAAACUGCUGGCCUUCACCGGCCCUCUAGAAGGCUCGAUUGCGUGGGUAGCCUUAAAUCGAGAGAAGUUGUCGAUGGCCAAGGUUGCGUUGCCAGUCUCAAAACCAACACCCCCACCACCACCACCACCACCAACGAUGAUGAUGAGUAUCAGACGUGUCAAUCUUGUAUCAUGGAGGGAGGGAGGUGUAGAUCAAAAACCAUGCCGUGCAAAGAGUACUUUUCGAUUGCAGCAACGUUUAUCCCGGAUUCGUGAUGGAUACCAAAAGUUUUAG